CCAUUCAUUCACCCCCUUGUUCUCCCAGCUGUGAAGCGGCGUGCGUAGCUGAAGGACACAACGCUGCGCUCUGCUGUGGUGUAGCGCGCUGCCGACAGAGUUGGAGAGCCCGAUCCGACGGGGGGAUAGACUCACUGCACUCCCUCCCUUUCUCCCUCUCCCCUUGUUCUUUCUGUGUCCCUGUCUGUCUUUCCAUCCCCGCGCUGUCUCGUUCAUGAAUGUCACCUCUAUCUCUGGGAAAUGCUGGAUUUAUCAAGCCCCCUGUCUUUUUUUCCAUUUCUCCCCCUUCUUCUUUCAGGUUGCGGGUGAACGCAAAGGGUGAUGCCAGGAGAGCUUGAAAGACAGUGAGGAAACAAGCUGCACUCCGACCAUCCGCACUCCUUUCAUCCUCGUCCCAACGUGCAGAGCUGAUACCUCAGGUCGGACAGGUCUCUACUUCUUUUUCUUGUUCUUCUUCUACUUCUUUUGCUCUGACAUUGUUUCGGAUGGAGACAUUUUAAAGGCGAUGGACAGAAACAAAAGGAGCAGUGUCACUCCUGUUUUGGAGAGUUGACAUUCGGGCAUUUUUUUCGUCCCACUGAAUAGGUCCAGGGAUCUGCAGGAUUGGGCGGGUUAAGAGGACUAAACGUGAUUUCUUUUUUCUUUUUUUUUCUUUAUGAUCUUCUUCUUGGGUCUGGUUUCACCAUGCAUCCAACGGUUCCGUGGAUGAAUCCUUUCAGGCGGGGUUGAGUCAAACUUCGUUGGAGCUCCAGGAGGAGGGCGCGGGUACGCUCGGAUUGGGACAGAGGCACCAGGGCACAUUGCUGGGCUACAGUGCACUGGUUUUUAGGUGGAUAACAACAUAACUUGUUCGAACAGAGGACCAGUGACGUAUUAAAGCUUCACACUGAACCACCCUCGCAACCAGGAAACGGGACAACUAGAAGGACAUUUAAAGGCCAACGGCCAUCGCUCAAAUCCUAAACAAAAGCCAAUUUUCAGUUUUGGGUGGGCCCUUAACGGAUCCACCUUCAUUUCCUCCAUCUCCUCCUCGUUUCCUGCCUUUCUCCCCGCUGCUUUGCUCCAUCCUCAGAGGUCCCCGCCCCCCCCCUCCUCAACUCUGCACCCCUCCCUCAGUGGUGCUCCGUCGCCCUGGGUGAGCGGGCAGGGGGGUGGCCCACGGUACCCCCCGACACCUGGGCGCCACCAAGCCGCCAGUGGCUGGUGAGGUGGCGGCAGGGUCAGCGCUGGGAAGAUGGCCGCUCUCGCCAGCUCCCUCAUUCGCCAGCGCAGGGAGGUCAAAGACCCCCAGGCAAACCGGCAGAUCGCCAGCAAGCGCAAGCCCUGCCCAAAGAGCAACAAGUCGCUCUGCCAGAAGCAAAUCCUCAUAUUAAUAUCGAAGGUUCGACUAUGUGGCAGUCGAGGGAGAAAAAUGGAAAAAAGACCAGAGCCCCAGCUGAAGGGCAUCGUCACGCGGCUUUACUGCAGACACGGCUUCUACCUCCAGAUGCUGCCGGAUGGCACCAUGGAAGGCACAAAGGACGAAAGCAGCUCCUUCUUGCAGUUCAACUUGAUUCCUGUGGGGCUCAGGAUAGUGGCCAUCCAGAGCACCAAGACGGGGCUCUACGUUGCCAUGAACAGCGAGGGCUACCUCUACACUUCGGAACACUUCACGCCCGAGUGUAAGUUUAAGGAGAGUGUGUUUGAGAACUACUACGUCACCUACUCCUCCAUCCUGUACAGACAGACCCAGUCGGGUCGGGCGUGGUACAUCGGCAUCAACCGAGAUGGACAGGUCAUGAAAGGAAACCGUGUCAAGAAGACAAAGGGAGCAGCGCACUUCCUGCCCAAACUCAUUGAAGUGGCCAUGUACCGGGAGCCUUCUCUACACGACGUUGCCGAGCAGAGUCCACCUAGGAAAACGCCCAAGACCUCCAGUGAGUCGCCCGUGCUCCAGAACGGCAAGAAGGACCCUAAAUCCAAAACCAAAACAACGUCCUAGCGCUCAGAGACGCGGGUGGGGAGGAGAGGGGGAGAGGACGCGGCGGACACCAGAACACGGUUUUAGGGCUACUCCGUACCGGCGACACUGACCCCCUUGAGAACUAUGCGUACCACAAUGCAGUGGUGUACAGUUGGAGAAAAAAAAGGAGCAGAUCCCACACACACACACACACACCAGCCCAUCCACCUUCUUAUUAGAUUGUGAUCAUCAAAGCCUGGCAUAUAAAAGCAAUAACUCCACAAAGAGGCCAUCAGUCGCCUAGCAAAGAAUAGCAUGUCAGCGCAGCGUGUUUAACCUGCUGGAAAGGAUAUCUCACACACACACCCUCUAGCCAUCUUCAGUGACAUCCUUCCAGCCGACCAAAUGUCCUAGCAAAAGUCUUCCUGGUUUUACCACCAACGGGUGCAACGGUCAAAUCGGUCCCGCUGCAGCGCACACUUAACAAAUGGGUUGGGUUUUCGUUUCCCCACAGGGCUCCAUGCUAAUGUUAGCCGCACUCGAAGCCAUGCUAAUGUGAGGCUGUCACAGAGACCCUUGCAGACUUUUUGUGCUGCAGCCAUCUGCUCAGUCCACAUCUUCUGUGUGUCAGCGACUUUGUGUGAUGGCCUAGAUACUUGUCAGCCCUGUGUGUGUGUGUGUGUGUAUGUGUGUGUGUGUGUGUGUGUGUGUGUGUUUGUGCGUGUGUGCGUGCGUGCGUGCUUUUGUCCCCUUCUUCUUCAAUUCACCUUUGGUGCGAUUUGAUUAGUUUGUGACAUGGACUCAAUUUUCCACUCGGCGGCACAAGAAACCCCUCCCGUCCUCUCUGGCUCUGUUAAUGGAGUCUGGGGCUGAUCAGAAUCUUUCAACCCUUAAACGAGGGGCCAAGAGCUCCCUCGACACAAUGCAUAACCACAGACACACACACUCAUUAUUACACUGACAUUUACGCACACACGCAAAGGUGUGUGUACUCUGUGCACACACGUUGGCGUCCUGAUAUCCACGAGCAACGGCUGCAGAAAAUGAUCUCGCAACUUAACACACACACACAAACACACACGGUGUGUAUACAGGUUCUGGUAGAGGAUGAGGAAAUCAUCAUUGUGAUGGGGUACUGAUGGAAGCUGACGGUGUAGCUUGUGAUUGCACUGCAAUAGCUGUUCUUACUGUGGCUGGCCAAGCAUUGCACAAACCCCCCGAGGCCCGCACAUUAUCUGAGGACCCUCCAUCACUCAAUGUGCUAUUCUCGUCUAAAAAUACAAAAGAAAAAAUUGGUUUUGAUUAAUAAUUGCAUUCCGUGCUACCCCUUAUCGCUUACCCCAUGCAAUAAAUAUUCUGUGUACUGUAUGCACUUAGACUGUUACCCUAGUGACAUCACUUGAGUAAUGUUGGGUUGGGAUUGGAGACUUUAGUCUAACAGAAAUACUGGAGGUGUGGAGUACAGUGUUUCCUUUAGGAUUUGUUUUAGCUGUGGGCUAUAGCGCCCCCCCCUAGACUAGAUCAAGACAACAGUAUGUGGGGUUAAACUGGACGGGCCCAAUUACCACUGAAUAGUUCUACUUGUUGUUAAACUGAGAAGUGAGCGGCAGUCAACAUGGGCAUCAUGCCGGCAGGAUAACCUAAAAGGCAACCGCGACUACAUUGUGACUCUGCCCUAUUUCUGAUACCGUGGCGGCAGAAAUUUUGCCAUGGCGGGCCCCCA